UAUAAAGUUGGUCAAACUUAAAAAGUUUAACUGAUACAGAUUUUAGAAGUUAAAGCUUUUAAAGAUAGAGAGAGUAUUUAAAAGUAUUGGAAGGAAAUCUGAAGUUGGCAAGGCUUCGGAGUCGGCUUCGGAAGUUCGGAGUCGAAGAUACCCAGGACUCGUGUUCUUAUCGUGCACGAACGGACGAACCAAACCGUGGGCUGAGCCUGAGCGCCUACAAAUACGUGACGUCGUGGCCAAAAGCAACAAAAUCUCGAUAACACACGCGAUCUAUCGAACCCUCCGAUCAUCAAGCCUCGCAGACGCCGGCUUCGCAGCACCCAUGGCGACGCCCUGCAAUGAGCUGGAGCACAAGGCGAGGGAGGCCUUCGUGGACGACGACUUCGCACUCGCCGCCGCGCUCUACACGCAGGCCAUCGCAGCGGGCCCGCCGACCGCCGCGCUCUACGCCGACCGCGCCCAGGCCUACACCAAGAUUGGCGACUUCGCGGCGGCUGCCGCGGACGCCGCCCGCGCCGUCGAGCUCGACCCCGCCAUGGCCCGGGCGCACCUCCGCAGAGCCCACGCCUGCGUCAAGCUGGAGCAGUACGACGCCGCCAGGGCCGCCGUCGAGGCCGGCGCCGCCCUGUCCCCCGGCGACGCGCGGUUCGCCAGGCUGAUGAAAGAGAUCGACGGCAAGGCGCCCAAGCCGAUGGAGACCGACGCGAGCCCCGCUGUCGCCGUCGCCACCGCCGCGCCCGUGCCCGUGCCUGCUCCCGCUGAGAAGCCCAAGUACAGGCACGACUUCUACAACAGCGCGGCGGAGGUGGUGGUGACCGUGUUCGCCAAGGGCGUGGCGCCGGAGCACGUCGCGGUGGAGUUCGGCGAGCAGAUGCUGAGCGUCUCCGUCGAGGUCCCCGGCGAGGCGGCGUACCACCUGCAGCCCCGCCUGUUCGGCAAGAUCGUCCCCGACAAGUGCAGGUUCGCCGUGCUCUCUACCAAGAUCGAGGUCCGCCUCGCCAAGGCGGAGCCGGGGACGACGUGGACGUCGCUGGAGUUCACCGACAAGCCCAAGUUCACCGCCGCGGCGUCACCGGUGGCGAGCGGCGGCGGCGGCGCCCAGAGGCCGUGCUACCCGUCGUCGUCGUCCAGGGGCAGGAAGAAGGAUUGGGACAAGGUCGAGGCGCAGGUGAAGAAGGAAGAGAAGGAGGAGAAGCUGGACGGCGACGCGGCGGCCAACAGGUUCUUCCAGGACAUCUUCGGCAACGCCGACGAGGACAUGCGGCGGGCGAUGAUGAAAUCGUUCCAGGAGUCCAAUGGCACUGUGCUGUCCACCGACUGGAAGGACGUCGGCUCCAAGAAGAUCGAGCCCAGCCCGCCGGAAGGCAUGCAUCUGCGCAAGUGGGAGUAUUGACAGAAUUCUGUCUUCACGCAUUGCUUAUCUUAUGACUGAGUAUAGCACUAGAGAUAGAGCUAGCAAGCCUAAGUCUUAUUUAGAUUAGAUUCAAAAACUUUUUUAGAUUUGGACACUAGUAUUUUCGUUUGUAUCUAGUAAUUAUUAUUCAAUCAUGAACUAAUU